CUAUUUAAAACAAGUUAGCCUAACGGGCGCUAAAAGUAUAUUUUCUCGCCUAAAUGUAAAAUCAAGAAAUAGUUUUUCAAAGAAAACGACUCGUCCCCACUCUUGUGCCUAUAUAUAUUCUCAUAUUAAGCACCACGUUUAGUACCAAAACAUACACUUCUAAUUAUUAAUUACAUCCAAUAUAUAACACUUACUCUCUCUCUUAGACAAAAACACAAACACAUGGAGGGCAGUACUACUGACACAACCAGUGUAACUAACUAUGGUUCAGUUAGCUCGGCCUCAUCUUCUCCUCCUCGGCCUCAAUCUUCUGCCGUACUAGUGGCCAGCCCUUGCGCUGCUUGCAAGAUUCUACGGCGAAGAUGCGUCGACAAAUGCGUGCUUGCUCCUUAUUUCCCGCCUAAUGACCCACUCAAGUUCACCACUGCCCAUCGUGUUUUUGGCGCCAGCAAUAUCAUCAAGUUCUUGCAGGAACUCCCCGAGGUGCAAAGAGCCGAUGCGGUGAGCAGUAUGGUUUACGAGGCGAAUGCGAGGCUAAGAGACCCCGUAUACGGAUGCGCGGGCGCAAUUUGCCAACUCCAAAAGCAAGUGAAUGAUCUUCAAGAACAACUAGCUAAAUCUCAAGCUCAACUCACCAACUUCCAAUGCCAAAACGCUAAUCUCAUGGCUCUAAUAUGCAUGGAAAUGACGCAAUCGCCCCUCGCGAUCUCGUCGCCCUUAAUAUUUGACCAUCAACAACAAAACUCGUACGACAACUUCGCAAGUUGCCUAGGCAACAACACGAGCUUCUUGGAUGAUCAAAACAUCCUUGGGAUCCUGUCGUCCGAUAGUCAGCAAUUCGUUUGGACUUAACCAAAUCCUCGUUUUUAAUUUGAUCAUUUCAAGUUUCGUUGUCAAUUUAUGUAGAAAUAAUGUCGUUAUGUAUCUUUAGAGGCGAAUUAAUUAAUCAGUGGAAAGACCGUCUGCUUUUCUAAGAUUUAGUCUGACGACCGAGGGUCGUUAUUAAAGAGAAUGUAAUAUUGAAAAUGUAGGUACGUAGUACCCCCUAGCUAUGAGAAAAAAGUUAUGUCCCUUUAAUUUGGACAAUAAUUAUUAUUUAGUAGUAGUAGUUAGGUUUAUUAAUUGCUAAUGAUUAUGUUGAAUUAAAGAAGAUGGUGAAAUGGACGAGAGUCUUUAAUUUGCUCCAUGUUAUUAUAAUCAUUUGAUUAACGGGAGAAAUGUCGUUGUCCUAAGUCACAUAUUCUUGCCUUUUUCUUCAACUU